AUGAAACACCCUUGGUCAAUGCAGACUUUGAUUGGUGAUUUCACGACAUUUUUGCCCCGUUUUGAUAUGCCGUGUGCGAAAUCCACAAAAUAUAACCGACGUCUCAAUGUGGCAGGCGCAAAAUCGAUCCCUGUUCCUCCCAAGAGGUUAUAUUGUUUGGUGUCAGAGGGGUCUCCGAAGGAUGUGUGGAGGCGCCGUAGGUGGGAGUCAUGGCUGAGUGCCGCAGCGCUUCGUAUUGGUCGGCAUCUGAAAUUAAAGGAAACCAUCAAUCCGUGUGGAUAUCGCGGAGAAACAUUCGAGCCGGCGUGCUGCAUAUACGUGUGUGUUCGUCCGGGAUUUGUUUCACUCGCAAAACCAGACCUAAAACGCAAUGGAAUAAUCAAACAAUCUGCCGCAAGAAGUAUCUGUCUGUCUGUAUCUGAUUACUAUCAACCCAUGAACCUACAGCCAGUGAAACAUUGUUCAGAACAAGAGGACUUCACAGUCACCGGAUUAUGA